AUGAACGGACAUGGCCAAUCCGACCAACCCGAUGCCGAUAAUACCCCUGCUUCCCUGGAGGAAAUUGCGGGCACUCCUCAGGCCCACCCUCUGUCGGGAUACUAUUCAUUGAUAUUGAAAUCGAACUCACCAUACGGUGGUGGUGCAUCGACAUCGCGCCCGACGCCCGCUCGGCCCGAGGCCAAACCGACGCCGGCAUCUACCGUCACACCGCAAUCGCCCCAAGAAAAGAUGGCGAUCGUAUUUGGCACUCGUCUCGCCGGUCCAGGCCGAUCCUCGCGCUAUAAUCCUGGUGAAGCUCCUCCGGCGUCAACGUGGAAAACUAUAAACGGAGUCCCCAUUCCUCCACAGCCCGAGGAACCGGACAACUGCUGCAUGAGUGGCUGUGUACACUGUGUUUGGGAUGACUUCCGGGAUGAGAUGGAAGAUUGGGCAUCCCGAGUCGCAACGGCCAAAGCUAAAGGUGGGCCUGAGAAGGGAACGAAGGACAUGCGCUCGGCGCCUCGAGCGGAAGUCCGUGCAGCCAGUGGAAGCAUGGAUGAUGAUGGUGGUGGCAGCGAAGCAAAUUGGACCCCACCGAGUGAAGAUAAUGACCUGUUUGCCAAUGUCCCUGUUGGUAUCCGGGAGUUCAUGAAAACGGAGAAAAGGUUGCGAGCGAAACAUCAAAAGGAAGCUUCAGUGUGA